AUGGAAAUCAUUACGGAGAGGUUCUACUCGAACCUUUUCCGUUCAUCAACCUCUGUGUCAAGCCCGAUCAUCUCCACUGGUGAAGCUCCACCACCAAUUCUCCCUUCGGAAGUGCGAGACGCUAUCAAGAGCAUGAAACCUGGCACAGCCCCCGGACCUGAUUUUAUAUCAGCAGACUUUCUUCGGGCUGAAAUAAAGGAUCCGAAACCAGUCAAAGACAUUGCGAACGGUUCGUAUCCACAAGAAAGGACGCUAGAUGAAGCCCAGCCUCAAGAACAAGCUGGAUUCCACCAGGGGUUCAGCUGCUUGGAUCACAUCCAGACUGUGUCGAAGGUCAUAGAGGUUUGCCGGGUAUACUGCCUGCCCCUUGUUCUAAUCUUCGUCGACUAUGAGAAAGCUUUUGACAGCGUAGAAAUGAAUACAAUACUGUCAGCGCUGGUCGAUCAAGGUGUGGACGCAUUGUAUGUGAGGACAUUAGCCAAUUGCUAUGAUCGAUGCACGACUAGGAUACAGAUACCCUUUGGAAAGGGGGUACGACAAGGCGAUACUACAUCGCUGAAGCUGUUCACAGCUGCAUUGCAAUGGAUAAUGAAAUCACUAUCCUGGGAAGAAAGGGGCAUACGUGUUGAUGGAGGAUUUCUCUCGAACCUUCGUUUGGCGGACGACAUCGUUCUCUUUUCGAGCAGUACCAAUGAAGCAGAAACGAUGCUCAACGAAUUGAACGAAGCAGGGAAGAGAAUAGGACUACGAAUAAACAGAAAGAAGACACAGUUCAUGAAGAACGCCCACUGCGAGGACGGAGGAGUACAACUUGAAGGCUCCCAAAUCGUGGAAACUCCGUCAUACGUAUAUCUCGGACGUUCUAUGAACAUGGAAAACGACUUGAAGGAAGAACUGAAUAGAAGAAUGAGAGCAGCAUGGGCAGCAUUCGCAGCCGUCAGGGAAGCUACGGACCAACUGACGGACCAAGAUCUUCGUGCCCAUCUGUUCGACUCGACAGUUCUUCCAGCGCUCUGUUACGCAGCGGGACGUGGGCAGACACCACUGCCACGUCUAGGAAGCUACUUACUACCCACCGAGCCCUUGAGAGAUGCCUUCUGA